GAGCUGCAGCCCAACAGGACAAGUUGAGACAGGGUAAGCGGUCACAUUCUUAGCUCACUCUCUUCUUCCUUUUCCAGUGUGUGUACACUUUCAGAGGCAGCGCUGAGACUUGUGUCAGCUUUAAGCACCGAGCCGCCUCAGAUUGGCACUCGCCGUUCCAAAAAUGUUUGUUUCUUUCAUGCUUCUGUGGUUCUGUGUUGUCUUGCUUGUUGUUUGUCUCAAAUGUCAGAGACCCAAGAACUUUCCUCCUGGACCUUGUCCACUGCCGGUGCUGGGGAACUUACUGAACCUCAGCAUAGACAACCCCAUGACAGACUUUGAGAGGCUGAGGAAGCGCUAUGGCAACAUCUACAGCCUGUUCAUUGGUCCCAAACCUGCUGUCGUCAUUAAUGGGGUGCAGGCCAUGAAGGAGGCCAUGAUAACUAAAGCUGUGGAUUUUGCUGGACGACCCCAGGACAUUUUUGUCAGUGACCUCACACGAAACGGAAUGGUUCUGGCAGACUAUGGCCCGAGUUGGAAGGAGCAUCGCCGAUUUGCUCUGAUGACCCUGAGGAAUUUUGGUCUGGGGAAGACGUCCAUGGAGCAGAGGAUUCUGGGAGAGAUGGAGUUCACAGUGGAUAUCUUGGAGCGGAGCAUUGGUACAAACGUAAGCCCUAAAGUCAUGUUUCACAACGCAGCCUCCAACAUCAUCUGCCAGGUUCUGUUUGGGACACGUUACGACUACGACGACGACUUCAUCAAAGUGGUCGUUCAGUGCUUUAAGGAAAAUUCUAAGAUCGCUAAUGGGCCCUGGGCGUUGCUGUAUGACUUCGUACCCAUGAUUCGAAACCUAUCUCUGCCCUUCACAAAGGCCUUUAAGAACAUGGAGACGUGUAAGAAACUCGUAACUCGCCUCAUUACUGAGCACAAAGAGACCAGAGUCUGUGGGCAACCGCGAGACUUUCUGGACUGCUAUUUGGAUGAGCUGGAUACGAGAGGUGAGGAUGGCUCCUCUUUCUGUGAGGAGCGACUCGUUAUGUUUGUCCUGGAUCUUCACUUUGCUGGCACCGAAACUGCAUCCAACACCCUGCUGACUGGCUUCCUCUACCUCAUGACCUACCCCCAUAUUCAAGAGAGAUGUCAGCAGGAGAUCGAUCGUACACUGCAAAAUAAGGAUCACGUCACUUAUGAUGACAGGCACAAUAUGCCUUACAUGCAGGCUGUGAUCCAUGAAGUCCAGAGAACAGCCAACACUGUCCCUCUCAGUGUCUUCCACUGUACAACACGAGACACGGAGCUCAUGGGAUAUUCCCUCCCCAGGGGCACAUUAAUUAUCCAGAACCUGAACUCGGUGCUGAAGGAGGAGGAACAGUGGAAAUUCCCUCACGAAUUCAACCCUGAAAACUUCCUGAAUGACCAGGGAGAGUUUGUUAAAGCAGAGGCUUUCAUGCCGUUCUCUGCAGGUGCUCGUGCGUGUCUCGGAGAGGGCCUGGCUCGUAUGGAGCUCUUCCUCAUCAUGGUGACUUUGCUAAGGAAGUUCAAGUUUGUCUGGCCUGAGGAUGCGGGACGGCCAGACCUCACACCGGUGUAUGGUGUCACUCUGUCUCCCAAACCUUACUGUAUGAAGGUCCAGCUCAGAACUACUCACUGCAGAAAUAUAGAAAGUUAAUACACACCGAUGGACAUGUGGCAAGUACCAGCGUUUACUCCACGACAUUUACGAAAUAAAUUGUGUACUUCUACUCCA